UUGUAUCAGGGAAAUACUGGUGAUCCUAUUUCGUUUGCUAUAGCAGACGUUAUGUGAGCAUUAGCCAACUACCUUGGUUACUUGGUUUCACGGGAGAUUGAGCGCUAGCUAAAGCAACGUGUCUCAUUUCCGCAUUCAUUUGUCUGCGGAGUGCCAGGGCCAUAUUGAAGAUGUGUGGCCUGAACAUUUCCCGUUGAUUGAAUCAGAUAAUUCUAUACUGGUUUGUUUAAUCAAGGCCGCCUAGACGCUGACUUGUACCCCCUGGGAACCGGCUACGUCCCUGAACUCGAAAGUGUCCAUGACAUAUCAGUUGGCACAAAGAGGGGAUCCGACGAACUCUUUUCUUCCUGCAUACCCACUGGGCCCUAUAUCAUGAACUCAGCCAAUGGCAACGACAGCAAAAAAUUCAAAGGUGACGUGCGCAGUCCUGGUGUUCCGUCACGAGUGGUCCAUGUACGCAAGCUGCCCAACGACAUAAAUGAAGCAGAAGUUAUUGGGCUGGGACUGCCCUUUGGGAAGGUCACCAACCUGCUGAUGCUGAAAGGGAAAAACCAGGCAUUCUUGGAAAUGAACAGUGAGGAGUGUGCACAGACGAUGGUGAGCUACUACUCCUCUGUCACCCCCGUCAUCAGAAACCACCCCAUUUACAUGCAAUACUCGACCCACAAGGAGCUCAAGACAGACAACUCCCCCAACCAAGUGCGUGCCCAGGCAGCUCUGCAGGCGGUCAAUGCGCUGCAUGGAGGCGGGAUGGGCGUCGGGAUGGGGGUCGGGAUGGGAGGCAUGGGCAUGGGAGGCAUGGCCAUCCCUGCAGAUCCUGCUGCCAUGGGAGGAGCAGGCUCCCAAAGCCCUGUGCUCAGAGUCAUCAUAGAAAACCUUUUCUACCCCGUCACCCUAGAUGUUCUGCACCAGAUUUUCUCUAAGUUCGGCACUGUGCUGAAGAUCAUCACUUUCACCAAGAACAACCAGUUCCAGGCUCUGAUCCAGUAUGCCGAUGGCUUGACAGCUCAGCACUCCAAACUGUCUCUAGAUGGACAGAACAUCUAUAACGCCUGCUGUACCCUGAGAAUCAGCUUCUCCAAGCUCACCAGCCUGAACGUCAAGUACAACAACGACAAGAGCAGAGAUUACACCCGACCGGACCUCCCCACUGCUGACUCACAGCCCUCCCUCGACCACCAGACCAUGCAGGCAGCCGCUGCGUUUGCUGCUCCAGGUUUGAUCUCAGCCUCUCCUUAUGGUGGUGCUCAUGGCUUCCCCCCAGCCUUUGCCCUCCAGCAAUCAGGUCUGUCGAUGCCUGGGAUGCCCGGCCUGGCCUCUCUGGGUAUGGGCCAUGGUGGCAUGGCGGCUGCUGCAGCAGCUGCUAACAGGCUGGGUCUGUCAGGGCUCACUGCCUCUGGGGGACACAAUGUCUUGCUGGUCAGCAAUCUCAACCCUGAGAGCGUUACGCCACACUGCCUCUUUAUUCUUUUCGGUGUGUACGGCGAUGUGAUGCGAGUGAAGAUCCUGUUUAAUAAAAAGGAGAAUGCUCUGAUCCAGAUGUCAGAUUGCACACAGGCUCAGCUAGCUAUGAGCCACCUGAAUGGCCAGCGCCUCCACGGCAGGGCCAUGCGUGUGACUUCAUCCAAACACACCACCGUGCAGCUUCCCAGAGAGGGCCACGAGGACCAGGGCCUGACCAAGGACUACAGCAACUCACCGCUGCACCGCUUCAAGAAGCCCGGCUCCAAAAAUUACUCCAACAUCUUCCCACCCUCGGCAACACUCCACCUCUCCAACAUACCACCUGCCGUGGUGGAGGAGGACCUCCAGAGGCUUUUCGCCAGCUCAGGAUCCACAGUCAAGGCCUUCAAGUUCUUUCAAAAGGACCGCAAGAUGGCCCUGAUCCAGAUGGGCUCAGUGGAGGAGGCAAUCGAGUCCCUCAUCGAGUUCCACAACCACGACCUGGGAGAGAACCACCACCUCAGAGUGUCCUUCUCAAAGUCCACCAUCUGAGUGCCUUUCCUCCCUCCAAGUCUAUUGUCACCUGAAUUGUGUUCGGUGGGAAUAGGCAUCAUUACAUAUGAAUGGCUGUGGUUCAUUGCAGAAUGUCGCUCUCUUAAUCAUUCCCAGUUGGGUAUCACAUUAGAUUCAAUCUGCGUAUUGAUUCCGAUUCAUGGUUCCAAUUUUCACCAAAAUAUGUGGAAAACAAACAGCAUUGUAACUCCGUAUUUUUAAUUAGAACUUGACAAAUCGCUCGCGAAGCUUUCACUUGUUUUUAUUUGUGCUAACAUUGGCUAAUUCUCUACAUGGUUAAACUACUCACUGGCCAAAUGUAACAAUUAGCCAGCAUUCAGCACAUUAAUCAGGAACUAGAAUCAAAGGAGUUUCUGGUUCCAGUUCAGGUUCCUGAUACCCAAACAAAUCAUUAUUUGUUCCACGAUAUGGUUUCAAGUUGGGCCCAUUGAGAGGGGCCACAUUCUGCAGUGAACCGAGGCCUCGUAUUGGAGGUAAAGUAGGGGCAGCUGAUGAACUGUCACUUUAGACCAAAUCAUUAAAAAAAAAAAAACACCCUCCACCACAAAUGCUCAUGUAGACGAAUCCUGUCCACACCAGACACACUUCAGCAUUCCUUUUACUACGAUAGUCGUGUGGAUAUAUCUUGUUGGCCAGUCAGAAACGGUUUGAUACAAAGGAUUUUGUUUUGGCUCACAGACCAUUUUAUUUCCCAGUAUCCAUUUUGAUUUUAGAUAUCUUGUUACUAUCCGCCUUUUUCUUUGGGGGAUCAAUACCACUAUCUGAAGUCAUUGAAUAAGCAUGUCUUUUUCUUUCAAUAUCUAUAUCUACAGUCUUGUGCCUUACUUUGCCCCAGCCAGGUUGCCUUAAGCAUUGCUCUGGAUUUAUUUGGGAAAGACGUGGCUCUUUUCUUUCAUGCCUUCUGCUAUGUACCAGCAUUGAUAACAAAAGGAGGGAAAGUGGCUCAUUCAACCUUAAGAACACAGAUGUUUAUCUAAGGAUUUGUAUGCAUAUAUCCCCAUUAUAUGUGUGUAGAAAUAUGAAUGUAAGUCAGUUAGAUGCCUAAUAUCCUUGCUAGGUGAUGUAGCUCCGUUAGGUGUAUUGUGGCAGGAGUUAGAGCUGUGUCCAGCCUUCCUGUCUUACAGUCCCCACUCACCUCCAUGUAGUCCCUCCUCAGUAGGGACAAUGGUGUUUGGGGCGUCAUUUAACCAUAUUAUGUUCAUGUAUAUGUGGACAUCUAUAUAUAUAUUCAUUUAUCUUUUCUUUUAAUGUUAGCAUUUACAUGUGUAUCACUUCUAAGCUUAACUGAUACCUAUAUGUAGUGGCUGGGUUUGAUCAUUAUCACAGUGCCUUGAGUUUUUUUAAUCUGAAGCUGAAACACUCUGGCCCGGUCAGUUGACUUUGUUUACCGCUCGUUCAGGUUUAUCUAAUCCCUCUGCAAAGAUGCCUUUAUCCCCUUAUAUUCAGGUGAUCCUACCUGUGAGAGGGCAGCUUCGUUUGUCGACUGGGGUCCAAAAACCCUAAACCCAGUAUAUAUAUUUUUUUUCUAAAAUUCAGGAUAACAGGAUUACAGGUCGGGGCAGCCCUCAGCGGUCCUCUCUGUCCCCCUACGCCACAGUCAGGUUCCUUAGUGCACUUUUCCUCAACGAUAGGUCCAAAUUGGCACCAUCACGCUGAAGUCUUAAACGUUGUCACAUUCCUGCGUGCCUCGUGCACCGGUUUCCACAGCCUGGACCACUGUAGUUUUGGACCAGACACAGAUGCGCUCUGUCUCUAUUUUUGUAAAAGAUUAUUAUGCAUGGUUUAACCAAGCUUCAUGUAGCUACAGGCGGUUAUUGCUGAUAAGGACCAAAGUAUCUUCUACCCCUGCUGUGUUGUAGUGUCGUGAUUUCUAAAGGUUGUUUUUUUCUCUUUCACAUUUCCACAAGUUCACCAGGCUUCAGUUUCCCUCGGUUCCAUUUCUCAGAUGCCUUGGACAAAUGUCACAUGAAAUUGAGAUAUAUGUUGUGCAUCAGCCUAUACUGUAUGUGUAUUCCUUUUUGUUGAUCAACUUUACAAAGAGCCUACUUUGGUAGAUUGCUUUAGAAUGGAUACUUUAAUGAACCACAGUCGUAGCUGUGAUGUUGAUGGUGUAGAAGAUUAUAUGCCUUUUGAUUAUUUUGUUUAAAGCUUUUAUUUUUCUCUUUUUUAUAUGGGGGCGGGGUUAUUGUAUGAUGCGGGAUUGAUGGUUGUAUAUACUCAUGUUUUUGUACCACAAAAUCAUUUGGAUUCUAUCCACUUUACGUUUCAAAACAUGUAUAUUUUGAUAAACAAUACAGACCUAUUAAGCUCUCUGGAGCUGUAAAAAAAAACCACACUUUUGUAACUCAAACAUUAAAUCGAUCUGAACACAGAAGUGUCUCUGUAUGUGCCCCGCUCCCCACCUUACCAUUCUGUUCUUGUCUGCAUCUUCUGCUGCCUUCAAUAAAUCUUUAGUUUGUUCCUUCUUUCA